AUGGAAACGCACAAUGGAACCGCGCUGAGCGAGUUCAUUCUCAUGGGCAUCACAGACCGCCCUGAGCUGCAGGCUCCGUUAUUUGGGCUCUUCCUCGUCAUCUACAUGAUCUCAGUGGUGGGCAACUUGGGCAUGGUCAUCCUCACUAUGGUGGACACCAGGCUACAGACACCCAUGUACUUCUUCCUCAAACAUCUGUCUCUCACUGAUCUGGGUUAUUCAACAACCGUGGGACCCAAAAUGUUAGCAAGUUUUGUUGUGGAUGAAAAUACAAUCUCCUAUUACUUUUGUGCCACACAAGGAGCUUUCUACAUUAUGUUCAUCAUUAGUGAAUUUUUCAUUCUGUCACUAAUGUCCUAUGACCGCUACGUGGCCAUCUGUAACCCUCUGCUCUACACAGUCAUCAUGUCACAAAGGGUGUGUCAGCUGCUGGUGGCAGUCCCCUAUCUCUAUAGCACAUUUGUGUCUCUUCUAGUCACUGUAAAGAUAUUUAAUUUAUCCUUCUGUGGCUACAAUGUCAUCAGUCAUUUCUACUGUGACUGUCUUUCCUUGUUAUCUUUGCUCUGCUCAGAUAUGCAGGAUAUUGAAUUGAUUAUUAUGAUUUUCUCAGUGUUUAAUUUGAUUUCAUCCCUUCUGGUGGUUCUUGUCUCUUACCUGUGUAUCCUUGUAACCAUUCUCAGGAUGAACUCCACUGGGGGUCGGCACAAGGCUUGGUCUACCUGUGGAUCCCACCUGACAGUGGCGACAGUGUUCUAUGGGACUUUAUUCUUUAUGUAUUUGCAGCCCAAGUCCAGACAUUCCUUUGAUACUGACAAAGUGACUUCUAUAUUUUAUACCCUCAUUAUCCCCAUGUUGAAUCCCUUGAUCUAUAGCUUGAGGAACAAAGAUGUAAAAUAUGCUGCUAAUAGGAUAUGGAGAAAAAUAUGCAAUAUCUUUUCUUAA